CUAGGGCCGGCAGCGGCCGGGUUGGGCUGUAGGGGGUCGCGAUGUCCCUUGCGGAGCGACAGCGAAUGGAGGAAGAGGAGGGGGAAGGAGUCGGCGGCGGGGAGGAAGUGGUUCAGAUCCGGUUGGGGGACAAGUGCUACCCGGUGUGCAAGAGGAAGCUAAUCGAACAGAGCGACUAUUUCCGAGCCCUGUACCGUUCGGGCAUGCGGGAGGCAGGGCAGGGCCAGGAAGAGCAGCUGUUGCGCGGAGGGCUGAGCGCGCUGGGACUCGAGCUGGUGCUGGACUUCAUCAACACUUCCUGCCUGGCCUGGCUGGAGCAGGAGGGUGAGGAGGAGCCCCCUCUGCUAGAGGAGCUGGUGGAGGCCGCCUCCUACCUGCAGGUCACUCCCCUGCUGCGCUUGCUGCUCUCCCAGGUGCGACUGGGCAACUGUCUGGAGCUACACCACUUGGCCCAGGUCUAUGGCCUGCAGGACCUGCACGAUGCCUGUUUGGACUUUAUGGCUUCCCAUUACCACCAGGUGCUGCGCAGGCCCGAUACCCACCUCCAUCUGCCUCACGCUCUCCAACAGCACCUGAAGGAGAGGCGGAUGAGAGGCACUGCCACUCUGGUGGCCAUUGGGGACUUCAUGGGUACCUCAUCCAUGGGCCUGUCCCCAGGCUGUCACCCACAGCCAGAGGCCCCGUGGUCCAUGCUGAGGUACAACGAGGAAGCAGAGCAGUGGCUACCCCUGGCCAACAACCUACCUCCAGAUCUGGUGAACGUGCGAGGCUACGGGUCGGCCAUGCUGGACAACUAUCUCUUCAUCAUUGGGGGGUACCGGAUCACCACCAGUCAGGAAAUCUCAGCUGCCCAUUGUUACAACCCUUGCCUAAAUGAGUGGAGUCAGCUGGCUUCAAUGAACCAGAAGAGGUCAAAUUUUAAGCUGUUGGCUGUAAAUGGAAAACUCUAUGCCAUUGGUGGUCAAUCCCUUUCCAAUGUGGAGUGCUAUAACCCGGAAAAUGACUGGUGGAGUUUUGUAGCAUCCAUGCCAAAUCCUCUUGCAGAAUUCUCAGCUUGCGAGUGCAAGGGCAAGAUUUACGUUAUUGGAGGAUACACCACACGAGACAGGAAUAUGAACAUCUUGCAAUACUGUCCUACUUCUGAUUCUUGGACCAACUUUGAACUCUGUGAUGUCCAUGUUCGGAAACAACAGAUGGUCUCUGUUGAAGAAACAAUCUAUCUAGUAGGAGGUUGUAUUCAUGAACUUGCACCAAACCAAAAGUCCAGCCAAAGUGAAGAUGUGUUAACUGUGCAGUCUUAUAACACUGCUACCAAAGAAUGGCUCUACCUCAAAGAGAACGCAUCAAAGUCUGGUCUUAACUUGACUUGCACUCUACACAACGAUGGAGUUUAUAUAUUGAGUAGGGAUAUUACUUUAUCUACGAGCUUGGAGCACCGUGUUUUUCUGAAGUACAAUAUAUUUACAGACAGUUGGGAGUCACUGAGACGCUUUCCAGCCUUUGGACAGAACAUACUGAUCUGUUCUAUGUAUUUGCCUGAUGUGUGAGAUGUGUAAUGGCAUCAGGUUUUUCUUUGCAGCUCAUUAAUCAUUCUCAGAAGACGUAUUACUCCCUCUGUGUAAUUCCAGUUUCAGAAUGUAAUACCUAUGUGAUUGCAUAACAUAGGUAUAAAAUACAGAUUCUUCUCUUAAAAGGUUUCAAAAUCCAUUAUUAAGAGCAAUAGCUCUAGAAAUGGUUCUAAGGUUUCAGUUUAAUUUUCCUUUAUUUUGUAUUUAAAUUUCACCAAAUAUUGUUUACAACUUAAACAUAAAUUUUUAUGUUGGUAACUAAUGAAGGAUAUAGUUCCAAAGGCAAAACUGGUUAUUCUCAUUUUAUUUUCCAUCAUUAUAGACAACACAGAAGAGAGAGUACACAUGGUGAAAGUGAAUAUCAUUAAAUAAAAUAAAUGCUAUGUAAAAUACUGUAUAUAAGAGAAAUCAAAAAAGGAAUUUUUUUUUUUAAAUACAAUUUUUACACAAACUGUGUUCUAUUGAGCGCAUAAUGUUAAAAAUUGCUUACACUCUCAUGUUAUUCUCUCUUCUACAGUCACAAGUGAGAGUUUCAAGUGUUCCAGCAAGUAGAUAUCACCAAGAAACAUCCCCUGAGUUUUUUUUCAUAAAAUGAUUCACGAGGGACUGGGAAGAAUUACCUGGAGACUGAAGUUUCUGUCUGGAUUUUACACACUGCUUUAAUGGCAGUUAGCAGAAUUUAUGGUUGCCAUUAUGACAAAGGUAAAAAGUCUGCAAAUUUAAAUGAAGGAGUUCGCUCAUCUUCCAGAAGAUAUUCAGUUUUAGUUAUCCUGUUUUCUGCAGUGCUGAAUAUUGAAAAUCAAAUUAUAGAAACAAAGAAACAGGUGUUAGUAGCAAGCUGCAUUGUAGGAAGAUAUACAUGAGUACACACUGCGGUGAAUCUGCACCAGGCACUUACUGCUUGAUAACAGUCACCUAGGGCAAAAGAGGAGACUGAAUCACUUGAUGGGCAGGGUUCAUUUUGUAAACGACUUCCUUAUGACACCAGCUCUAACAGGUGUAUGUGGAUGUUGAUUUUCUUGUUUUACCAGUAGCCUGAUAGAUAUAACCAGUUUGCUACCUGAAGUUUGUUCGUUUCUCCAAAGAGCAUAAGGGGAUAGUCGCCAUAGAUUCUCAUUUGUGUUUCCUACAUUCUGCGUAUUGCUUGAGACUCUUUUCUUUUUGGAGCUGACAGGUCCAAAAAGACCUUCCUCCUGAAGGCCUUGGUUGUUAUCAUGGGAAGGUUUCACAACUGCAGCCUUUGGGAAAGAGAGAACCGGAUUAGGUAUAUAUUGAACAGAUUGCACUGAUGUUGAUUUUUGUGCCAGCUCUUUCUCGAAAUGAUGAUAUGUUAUUCACUUGAAUGUGUUCCUAUCAAGGGGAGAUAUUUUUUUCCCCUUUUGAAAUUCAGGAAUCUGAAUUGACUUUUGAAAAUGGAUGCCUGUUGUGCAGAGAAGGGAAAGACUGCAAUGGUUCCCUCAAGGUUCUUUUAACUCCCAUCUUUUCCAUGGUCUUGAAAUAAAUUGAAGCUAAAAGAACUAUCAGACAAUUAUCUCUCACACAUUUUGUGCUUAGGUGCAUAACUUUGAUGCUUCUGAUUAUGUAUAGCAACCCAAAUAGAAAAUUCCAGGAAACUCUGUUUGUCUAGUGUGGACACUAACCAAGGUACUUUGAAUAUCCAGAAUUAACCUUCUGGGUGGUAUUUUUGCAGUCUGGCAGAGCAUGUUAUGCUUAAGCCCCAAAUAGUGUCUGCCAUUCAUCUGUGUGCAUGAAUUUCACGAGUUUUAGCCUUUGUCUAUUUGUUAGUUUUCAUUCCUUUGAAAACUUCAUGCACUGAGCGGCUGCUGUGUUAUGACAGUUGCAUCAGACCAAAAAAUGGCUUUUCUACAAUGAAGAAAUAGGGUGACUUUCCUAAAAUUCUUAAGUGAUUUGUUUUUAACUUUUAUAAGUGUUUUACAAUAAAUAUAAGCACUGUUCUAUUGUCUGGUUAUAAAUUAUUUCAUCCACAUUAUUUUACUUCCUCCCUUUUCAUUUCCGUGUAUGCUACCCUACUAUAAUCCAUUAUUAAAUUCAGAUUAAUAAUAGUGGAGGAAAUCAUAUUUGAGUUGUGGCAUUCUCUCACCUGGCAAAUUAUCUGUGAAGAACUCCCAUUUCCAGAUUUUCAGUUUAGUAUGUCUAAUCCUUUCAAACUCAUCCAUUUUGUAGAGCAGGCAUUAUUAUAAAAGCUGUGAUAUGGUGCUUUUAACAUGGUCUUUUUCAUGAGAGGCCAUCUGAAAUCAGAAUUAUAUAUUUGUUGGUUUCAGCUUCUGAUAAUUAGGUGACCGUGCAGAAAUGUGGAGAACCUGCUCAAAUGUAGAAAAGGAAAAUACAGUUUUCUAAACUGCAUUUAGAAAAGUAAAUGCAAUCAGACAGUGCAGUCAAUCUGUGGAGCAAAUUUAUCAAUAAUGGCAAUUAACUGUGCUACAGUAGCAAAUCAAAACUGGUGUUGAAUUGAGUAGUAUGAAACUAAUUAAGCUAAGUGGACUGUAUAACUAUAUGCUGAAAUAAAUAUGGUUUUUAAGCAAAAAUAACUACAGAGAAAUAUGCAAUGGAUAUUCCUUGUAAAUCAGAGAAAAAAUCCUACCUGUAACGGCUGUCCUUUGCCCUUUUUAUUUUCUUUCCAACAUUGUAACGUUCCACAUAAGACGUUGCUGAACAGUUUCUGCCCUUCUGGGCAAGGAAAAAUGGUUUAGAGUUACUAGCAGUGAGUAGUUUAAUAGCUGCUUUUUAGCUAUUGGAAAUGUUCAGUGAUUUUGUGUGCUGUGUUUGCUUUCUUGGUGGGGAGAAAAAAUCCUAUUUUAUGGACAGAAAAGCUUCUGAAAAACAACAGUUGAAGUGUAGGUAAGUUGCUCUACGCUUAUCUGCUGGUAAGAUACACUUGAUCUUACCAGCUACAAAAUUCUUCAGUGUUAUCCUGAUAUCCACAUUCUAACUUACCACGUGGCCUUGGAGAGAUUGUUCUACCUGCUUGUGUCUUCAUUCCCGAAGACAACACCCGAGUAGGAAUGCUGAUCAUGUAGGGACACAUGGUUUUUGUGGUGUGGCAGUGUUUGUGAGAUCUCUUGAAGGUGUGAAGAAGAACAAAUAUCCUGCUUGUAGUAACUAUUUACUUGGUUGUUAAAAUUGUUUGAUAGAAAGUGGCAAGACAGAAGACAACUAGUAACCUCAUUUUGGUCUCUGCUAACUAUCUUCAUUUUGAGCUGAUGGCUACUUCCUAUCUGUUUCUUCUGUUUCUGUCACCUACUAGCUUACAGUUUGCCUAAGUUUCUUAGAGUUGGUGUUCUCAAGACUGUAUCCAAAUUUAGAACUGCUGCUUUCCUGCUGUGGCUUGGUUAUCCAGUACUUGCAUAUCCACUUUUCAUCUUCAUGGACUGAGUCUGCUUGAUACUAGCCAGUAACAGCUGACUAUAGUAAAGGAUGAUCCCAAGUUGAAAGAAAGAAUAACAGGAAGAACAACAGCCUCUAAGUCCUGAGGGAAAGGUAAAUGGAAAACUCUGGGAACUUUAGUCCGUUCCCAUAAAAUAGAAAAGUGUUUAGAAAGGUUGCUCACAUCAAGCAUAAGAGAGAGCAUAAUAGUUUCUUCCUUUCCAGGAAUGGUUUGUGGUUUUCAAUGUGAAAUAAGAGUUAUGUGGAGCUUAAGUUUAAUCUCCCUGGCCAAUGUCCAUAGAUUUCUCUUUCUGCCCUGUCAGCUGAACUUUGCCUGAAUAUUUUUUCCAUUAUUUGAGUGUUUUGUCCUACAUCAGAGUCCAGACUGUUUGGAUGAAAUCAUGUGAUAACACUUUGUUGGCCUUUUCUUUUUGUUAGUCUCGUUUUCACUGGUCUGUGUCUAUCAGCCACUGAGAUGAAAAAGUGAUUUGUUACUCAAGUUUUUUUUUUUUCAUUUAUUCAAUUAUUGGCUCUCAAAAGUUAAGUCUACUAAGCUACUUUUUUUUUUUUUUUUUCCUCCAUUUAAUCAUCAUUUUAGUGCGAAAUGCUACAGAUUCAGAAUGUGUGGAAGUUGACCCAUAUCAGUAAUGUGAGAGUGAAAGUCACAGAGUGCAGUGAUGACAGUGUACAACAUGCUUGAAGACCUACAAGAGCAGAGAUUUAUCAUCACAAUCACCCCUAUAAGAUAAGGUACAUACUGUAAACGAUGUUAAACCAGUGACAAUCCCUGGGAUACUUGUCAAUGUUACCAGUGGACUUAAAAGGAGUCACCAAAAGUCCUUUCAGGGUGGAAACUGUCAGCAUCCAUAGUAUGCUAUAUUGAUUUUGCAUUUACGAUAAUGACCAAAGGGUGGCUCCCUAUACCUACUUAUGAACAUGAAUAAAAGAUGAGAUAAAGAACUUUUAAACAUUUUUCUCUACAGUACUAACACAUUCUCAGAGUAUGUUCUCUCUCUAAUCAACUUAGAGUCUGUUUUAGUGUAAUAAUGUCUUUUUUUCACCAAAGGAAGGAUGGAGUCUGGAUUUUGUGAACUACUUGGGUAAUGCAUCCACAUUUUUUACUUGCUAUCCCAAUUAUGCAUUCUUUAUGAUUUUUUUUUUCUGAAGCUAAUUGCUAUUAUCAAUAACAUGUAUAAUGUCCUAAGUAUGUCAGUAUUUUUUACUGUAAGUAAGUUUCAGUUCCUUUAUUUUAAUUAGAAGGCUUUCAUUACUGAAAUACAGACUGUUAAUCUUUUUAUAAAAAGAAAAUGAAUCACUGCAAUUACUGUCUCUUUCUAGUGGAAGGCAGAUUAGACAACAUCCAGUUUUAGAGUAUCCAAUUAUCUUCUGUACGUUUUCAAGUAAUACAAGCUUUGAUAGGUAAGAAAGGUGCUCAGCUCUUUAGCAUUCUCUGUUUGAUGGAAACUUGUACCAUUUAACUAUAAACGCAAACUCUCUGAAUCCUUAAUCCCUCACUCCCUCACUUCAUAUUCUGUUUGGAAUUUGUGAUUAUUUGAUUUAUUGUUCGUUUUCCACUGUCUGAUAUUUUCCAGAUGUUUCUAAGGGUAUGCCUUUAUGAUAAGAAGCCCUUUAUAAAUAAUUUUCCAAAAUUGAGUAGUUUACUCUGCUCCACCAGUAUUUGCCUAUGAAGAUUUUACCCAGCCCCUGUAGCUGAAGAAAUACUUUACCAGGGCAAACCUUAAAUUCAUUGCUUCUACUGUACUGGAAUACUCAAUUUUGAAUUAAGAGAUACACAAAUCACAAAUCACUGCUGACAUAGGAUUUCUUCUGAAACUGUCAACUUUCUGUAUGUUGUAAGCUUCUGUUUGUUUCUGAAUUAUUUCUAGCCCUUCUUGUUCAAGAUUGCUGUAAAUAUGAAGAGUUCCUCUGCAUCUUACUCAUAAAUACUAUGUAGCUUUUAGUAUAACCUAAUAUCCUCCUUCCAGGAAUCUUCCUAACUUCAAGUUCUCACAUCUUCAAAAUUACCUAACCUAUAAACUUUCCGGUUAGCUUUUAUUUGUCAUGAUUUGAAACACAAUUAUUUAGAAUUCUGAAUAUGUUAUUGUACUUAGUGAAUGGUCUUGGUACACGGAAUUUAUGCAGAGUAAAGAUAGUAGACCCUUAUCUGUUGUUCUAUAAGAAGAAUUCAGCCACCACAGCUUGAAAUGUAAAAAAGUGAUGUUACUUAUUCUCCUUUGGAACUUGGUCUAAUUUCAUUAUUUACACUAUUUACUGAGAUCAGAAAAUCUAUUAGCAGUCAGCCAUUUGGAAGUGAUAUCAAAGGGACUCUGUUUUCAUCUUUGGGAAUUUUUACGGUAGUUUUCUUUUUUCUACUGGGCUUACUGUAUAUGUCUGGUAUAGCAUUCUAUCGUCUUUUUAGUAAUGCAAGAGAAGUUUUGUCUUUUAACAGGUAGGGCCUUGAUUUAUUAUGAAGACCAGAACUUUGUAAUCUGAAAUGUGUACUUCGCUGUUAUAAAUUAGCAACUCAUAACUGCUCUGAAGCCCAUAAAAACAUUAUUUGAGGGUGGUGGGGAUGAAUAUGAAGUCAGAAAACAGAUGCGUAGAAAUAGCCAUUCUCUAACCUCCAGGCAUAAGCAAUUUUCAAAUGUGGAAGCAAGUAGAAGAAGUUUUAAAUGCUUUUAAAGUAACAACUGCCUUUUCCCUCUUCCCCUCUCCUCCUUCAACCACAAUAAUUUCUGGUAAGGCAUAUGAACAUUUGGAAGAAAAUGUUAGUGAUGAGGUAAGAAUGCACUGUUCUUGGGAAUAUGAUCUCUUAUCAGAACUGCUGCUUUAGCAGGUCCAGAAACCUACUUCCAGCUUCAGUAUAUCUCUUUGAGUGAUGUUUAUGAUUUUUCGUGACAUACUAUCACUUAACACAUGUAAUAAUAAAUGCGACAGGAAUUACAGAAGCCCUAUUGUAUAUCUAGGAGCGAAUGCACAAUGGGCUUGAAGAAAGACUUUUUUAUUUUUUAAAUAUUUUUAAUAGAUCUGGAUCUAAAGCCUUUUGAUCUUAGUAAAUCAGAACCAGCUUUGAAUUUGACACAUAUUUCAGUGACUUAAAUAAUUCUGAAAGACUCUGAAAAGAUGCUAAUUUUGCAGUUGGCUGAGAAAACAAGAGGCAUACAUUGAAAACUUGGAGAAUUCUUUUAUGGUAUGAUCUCUGAUAUACCCCAUCUGCAUUGUGUGUUGUCUUACCUCUGUUCACACAAGUCUUUCAAAUAUACUGGUUCUAAACAUUCAGGAGAAUUAUGUUUCCUUGGGAAUAUCUGGUGAACAUGUUCUAUUUUAGAUUAUAAUACUAUGAGGUUUGUUUGUUUGUUUUUCUUUCUGCAAUGUCUCUGAUAAAAUAAAUGGAAAAAAAAAAUAAAAUCUUGUGUAUAGGUAGUUGUAGCAUUGACAGAUCCAACACUUCAAUACGCCACAAGAUGCUGUGUGGAACAGAGGCCCAUCAUUUUUGUUUUAUGUAGUCAAUAUACGGAUACAGAAGAUUUAUUUGCAGAAGAAUUGAAACUUUGGCAGAUAACCAUGCAAUGCAAAACAGCUCCAUGAACAGCUUGAGAGCAACCCACUUCAGGUCUAUGCUUUUAUGUUUAUCGAACAGCUCGUGAAAAGAGAGUAUUUCCCUCUGUCCUACAACCUGCUAUAUUUGUGUCUAUCGGUGAGGAAUUGGGCAUGGCUGUUACCAGCGCUGUUAUUUCAUUGAGGAAAGUGGAUCACUUUGGAACUUGCUAUCCAACAUUAGUUAUAGAGACUAUUUUCACUGUUAAGGAAUGGUUGUUGUUAAUCAGUGUGGCCAUAAUGGCCCUAGAACAUCCCUUUUCAAAGUAGCAUAAUCAUAGAAUGGCUUGGGUUUGAUGGGACCUCAAGGAUCAUUUCAACCUCUGCCAAAGACAGGCAAUUUCCAGCUACUAGAUGAAGUGUUAGAUCAGGCUGCCCAGGGCUCCAUUGAACUUGGCCUUAAAGACCUUGAGGAAUGGGGCACCCACAAGCUCUCUGGGCAAGCUGUUUCAGCACCUCACCAUCCCUGCAGUUCACAGGGGCCCACCUUUCAAGUUUAUCUAGGUCCCUCUGGAUGGUAUUCCUUCUUUCUGCUGUAUCAACCACACCACUUAGCUUGGUGUAAUCAACAAACUUGUAUGUAAUCAACAAAAUUGCAAUCCCAUCAUCUCUGUCACUGGUAAAGAUGAUAAAGAGUAUCAGUCCCAAGAUGGAACCCUGUGGGAUACUCCUUGUAAUGCGGUAGGAACUCUGAAAUUGCUUCUUUGUGAUUUCUCACUUGGUCCAUCUACUUUCCAACACCUUCAAGUCCACAAUCACGUUUGCCAGCAGCUUUUCAUGAGAAGUUCCACUUUCUGUAUGUCUCCUGAUAUCCAAAAUAAACUUAGAAGAACAUAAAUUCUUUCCGCCCUUCUGGGUCCAGCAUUCUGCUGAUUCUCUUCCAAUGGUAGAAGUUAAAAACAAAGAAAUAAACAAACAAACAAGGUAAUACUUUCCUCCCAUGUGAGAGCAAGGACCCUAAGUCACCGACAGCCAGAAAAAUCACUUGUUUUCUGUCAGGCCUUCACCACAGGGAGAUUUUAAUAGGGUGCAGUCUCUCUCGGCUUCAGGACAUUCACUCUGUCAAGAUACUCUGUCGAUCUAGCAACUGCUUCUUUCAGGUGCCAUAGGGUGGGGCAUACUAGGAACUCAGCAGCCCAUUAAUUCUUUCCUGAUUUCUGUGGGAGGUCUUAAAAGCAGUUGCAAGAAUUUUUUCAGAGAGAGCAAGUUUGGGAUUUGACUUCCAGACUUCAUAGCAAGCAUGGGUGGUGCACUGGAAUAGUAAAAUUUAACUUUUUGUCAAAUUGAGAUGCAUUUACACUUCAGCAUCAAAUGAAGUCAGAGAUCUAGGACAUGUUUUGAUGCCAAGAAAAUAUGAACUGGAGUACAGCAUAUGCCAUUAUUUUUAGUGUCCCAGUGUAGGUACAGCUCAAUUGACACAAAUUUACAUAGAAUUAUGCAAAAGGUAUAGAGGUCUUUCAGUAUGACCUACAAUGCCUAAGCAUCAGGACAUUACAUUUCAGACACUUCUGCAAGGUUCAGCACUUACUGCCUUGCAAGAACUUUUUCUAACUCGGCAUUCAUAGUCAGUGACUCUGAGCUUGUUUUAUAAAUUUUACUAAGGACCUCUCAAUACCAUCUUCUCAUUAAUGCUCUACAACACUGAAAACGCUAGUGUCAAAACACUUAUUUGCUCAAUGGAAAAUAUUCAUUUGGGUAGUCUCCCUCAACCCACGUUAUCUGGACCAAAACAGUAAAGGACUUGCUCCUUCCUGUGUGGAAGAGCAAUUCUUCCAGCCCAAGUCUCCAUAGUUUUUGUUCAACAAAAUACAAAUAGAUAAGAGACUGAAAAAUAUAUUGUAUGUGUAUAUUAGGAGCUACUGAGGAGCAAUCAGUAAACAAGAAUAUUAUGAUAUAAGAAAAUAACUCAGCAUUGACGUAGUUAAGUAUUCAGCUAAGCAAUAAAGGGAGUACACAUUCAGCUGAAGAGACAGGCAGAGAAACAGAAGUAGCUGUUUCUCUGUAAAUUAUCUGUACAAUACUGUGGUAAAGAAGAUUUUGUUUUCAGAUGCACACUUUUUUUGUGUAGGUUUUCUCUAAAUCUUCUUCAACUAUUAUAGUUAUUCAAAUGAUUUUUUUUAAUGCUAUGUCCUCUGAGUCUGGUGCUCUUUCGAUCAGUUUCUUUACUUUGUUUAAAAUAGAGUUUCCUUUAUCAGAUUUUAACAGAUGUCUUUUCCUUUGUCACCCUUCCCUUUCCUCUUCCAUCCCUUAAUGUUUUCUGUGGCAGGGAAAUUUUGUGCAUGUUGUAGAUGAUUUUUGGAAGAGGGGGCAGCCUUGCACUUCCAUCUCUCCAUUAUGUUCUAACAACAACAACUGGGAACAGUUAGGACCCAAUUUCUUUACUGCACUUCUAACCAUCAUUCAUUUAAAAUAUAACCUUCUGUUGGAAGAAAAAAUGUAUUCAUUUGUAUAUCAGAUUUGUAGAGCUGAUUUCACUUUUUAAUGUCAUGUGGUAUAACACUUUUGGAUUCUCAGAACUGCCAACUGCAAAAUUUAUUUAGAUGAUGUUAUGCUAAGGAGAGUUGGUAGUUGAAGAAUAAUAUGAAGUGUUUUUUGGUUUUCUUGGAAAAGCUAUUUCAGAGGCUUUACCAUCACAGUUCUCCAUGUUG